UCCAUCUUGUCAUCCAGGCGGCGAUGGCGCCCAAACCUCCUCAGCCCUUCCCCACGGUGGACGUCCCUGACCACGCCCACUACACCAUCGGCUCCGUCAUCCUGGUCAUCGGCAUCACAGGCAUGCUGGGAAACGUCCUGGUCAUCUACGCCUUCAGCAAGAGCCGCAGCCUGCGAACACCCGCCAACAUGUUCAUCAUCAACUUGGCCGUCACUGACCUGCUGAUGUGUGUCACUCAGUCACCCAUCUUCUUCAUCAGCAGCAUGCACAAGAAGUGGAUCUUUGGGGAGAAAGCGUGCGAGCUGUACGCCUUCUGCGGCGCUCUGUUUGGCAUCUGCUCCAUGAUCACUCUGACGGUGAUCGCAGUGGACCGCUACUUCGUCAUCACACGACCUCUGACCUCCAUCGGCGUGAUGUCGCGCAAGCGGGCGCUGAUCAUCCUGGCGGCGGCGUGGACGUACUCGCUGGGGUGGAGCCUGCCGCCCUUCUUUGGCUGGAGUGCGUACGUGCCUGAGGGUCUGCUGACGUCGUGCACCUGGGACUACAUGACCUUCACAGCGUCUGUGCGAGCGUACACCAUGCUGCUCUUCAUCUUCGUCUUCUUCCUGCCGCUCCUCGUCAUCAUCUACUGCUACGUCUUCAUCUUCAGAACCAUACGCUCUACCAACCGGGCGGUGGGCAAGAUGAACGGCAGCGUGCGGCAUCACGUGUCGACGCGGGACUCAGCGAAGACGUUCCAGCGGCUGCAGAACGAGUGGAAGAUGGCCAAGAUCGCGCUGAUCGUCAUCCUGCUCUACGUGGUCUCGUGGUCGCCGUACUCCGCCGUCGCCCUCACCGCCUUCGCCGGGUACGCCGACAUGCUGACGCCCUACAUGAACUCGGUGCCCGCCGUCAUCGCCAAGGCCUCCGCCAUCCACAACCCCAUCAUCUACGCCAUCACGCAUCCCAAGUACAGGGUGGCGUUGGCGAAGUACAUCCCGUGUCUCGGCGUCCUGCUGUGCGUGCGUCCUCACGACAUGCGCUCUGCCAGCAGCAGCUUCAUGUCCACACGGCGCUCCACCGUCACCAGCCAGUCGUCCGACAUCAGCGGCCAGUUCCACCGCCGCAGCAAGAGUCGCCUCUCGUCCGUCUCCGACAGCGAAUCGGGGCUGACGGACACCGAGGCCGACCUGCCCAGUCUGGGCUCUCGGCCCGCCAGCCGCCAAGUGUCCUGUGACAUCAGCAGGGACACGGAAGACUUUACAGAAUUCAAACCUUCUUCCAGCUUCAAGAGCAAGAUGAAAAGUCACGACUCGGGAAUCUUUGACAAGACGUCCUUCGACACGGACAUCUCCACCAUCGGAGUCGGCCCCAUUCCUAACAAUGCUGACUCGGCACAAGGUCAUGUGACCAGAAGCGCGCUGGGUCGCAUCCCGAGCAUCGUCAUCACCGCCGAGUCCAGCCCCUUCCUUCCCAUUGGCCGAAGCAGCUCACGCUCCGUCCGCGCCAAGGCCACCUACAGCAGCACGGGGGCGGGGUCGGGUUAGAGACACGCCUCUUUCCUGUUUGCAUGUGACGAGCCCACGUCCAAUCAGAAUCAUCUGAAACACAAAUAGUGUGUCUCAAAAGCAAUACUUGCAUCAGUACACUUCAGUAAGUAUGCUGUGUA